AUGCGAGCGAACUCAGCCAUUGCCUUCGUGCUACCGCUUCUCGCCGCGGGCGCGCACCUGGGACACCGUCACAGUUAUGAUCAUGCCGACAUUUACCACCGCGCGGUCAAGACUAAUAUCGUCGUCGUUACCGAGACGGCGUACACUACGCUGACGGUGGAUCUCAUCUCAAGCUCCCCAGAGUCUUCCAGCUGUGCCGUUGCUACCACUUCAGCUGCGCCUCCGCCGUCCAUUACCGUCAAGCUCCCGGAGAAGGGCCCGUCCGACAUCGCGUCCGCAUCUGCAUCAUCUUCCGCUGUGCAAUCAUCCUCUGCACCUCCCAAAUCCCCCUCUUCUAACGGCAAUCACUACGCGCCUCUGAACUCUGAGCCGCAUACUGCUAUAAUUGUCAACUCCUGCGACUACGACGUUUACGUUUCUUCUAUCGGCGAUGUCAAGACCUGUGGCCCUGGUAACAUCUGCAAGCUCGUUCCCGCUAACAGUACCUACUCCGAGCCUAUUCGCACUUGCUACAAGUCCGGUAUUUCCCUCAAAGUCUCGAAGACGGAAGCCAUGACCCAAGUCAUGCAGUUCGAAUACACUGUCUGGGAUGACAAGACCACCAUGUCCUACGAUAUCUCCUACUUAGACUGCCAGGUCAAGACUGACGCCACAACGUUCGAUUUCAGCGCCUGUGUCGGCCACGAAAAGGGCAUACAAGCCGCCGCCAAAGACGGUCCUGUAUACAGUCCAACCAGAAUAGGGCUUCUUUCGCAAACACGGUGGAUAGUAAAAGCCCCUGGAUACUGCGGGUGGACAAAUAUACAUGGUCUCAUGUAUUCUUUCCUACUUUAA